AUGAAUUUUGAAUUUGAGAGGGAGAUAGGCUUCAUAAACAGCCAGCCAUCGCUAGCGGAGUGCCUGACGUCCCUUCCCGCUGUCCUGGAGACAUUUCAAACUUCAUCAAUCAAGGAACCACCGACGUUAAUUCCUCCUCCUUCGGAACAAACCCUUCUCGGCUUGGAUCCUUGUUCCUCCUCCAGCAACAUCAGCAGCAGCAGCAGCAGCAACAGCAAGAGCCAGCCCACGCUAAGGAGCCAAAAGAGACCGAGACAUGGGCAGGCCCAGAAACCCACGCUCCAGCCUCCUGCCUCUGCUUCCUCCCUGGCUGGAGAAUUUCCCUGGAUGAAGGAGAAGAAAUCUUUUAAGAAAGCCAGUCAAGCCCCUGCUUCAAAUUCCCCCUCCUCCGCCUCUUCCUCCUUGCCCGGAUCUGCCGCCGGUUCUCCUGCAGACGUCCAAGGAUUCUCAGAGGGCAGCGGGACCGGCGGCUCUCGACGGCUGAGGACGGCUUAUACCAACACGCAGCUGCUGGAGCUGGAGAAGGAGUUCCAUUUCAACAAGUACCUCUGCCGACCCCGUCGGGUGGAAAUCGCAGCGUUGUUGGACUUGACGGAAAGGCAAGUGAAGGUCUGGUUUCAGAACCGGCGGAUGAAACAUAAGCGGCAAACGCAGCACAAGGAAAUCCCCGACGGAGGGGACGGCAGCUUGCACCAAGGCAACGAAGAGGUGGCAGAGGAGGAGGAGGCGGAGGAAGAAGAGGAGGGCAGCUCUCCAUUUGGAGGCGCCCUGGAGAUCCCUUGCCAUUACCCAGCCGACACCAACAGGGAGCUGUCCAGGGCCCCCGCUGGUUACCUGACACCGACAGAAGACGCAACCCCCAACGCCGGACCAAAUGGGACAGCUGGCACUCGCUCUUCCUCCUCCUCUUCCUCUUCCACCACCUCCUCCUCGUCAUCGGACAAUGCCUUCCUUGAAAGCCAGAAGUCUCCUUUGUUGCCCCCAGACCUGAAUAUCUUCUCCAUGGAUUCCUGCCCACAGACCUCAGAAGGGCUUUCUCCCAGCCUCCAGGGGUUCUUAGACAGCCCUGUCAGUUUCUCCGUGGAAGACCUGGACUUUUUUACGAGCACACUGUGUACCCUUGAUCUGCCGCAUUUGAAUUUCCAGUAAACACCCAGAACGACCUUUCCUCAUCUGCCUUGGGUGAUGUGCCCUCUUAAAUGCACACAAGCAUACACACCAACACUCCCUGGUCAUUUAAAUCAAAAGACACCACCACCACCACCUUUUGUUCACUGAUUCCUCACGUCGGGUCUGCCUCCCCUUCGAAAGAGGGGGCGGCUGUAUUUAGAUGAUCCAUCUCUAAAAAAUAUUGGCCACAUUUUAGAAAAAGAAUAAAGUAACCAUAUUCAGCCAUGGGAAUGGUGAAGGGAUGGGCGUCAGGCUGGUGCCUAAGUAUUAGAGAUACAAAAUAUGGAAGAUGUACCCUAGAGUAAGAGAAGACGGUCCUUUGAAAAUUUAAACUUCUUUGGAAUUAAGAUUUUCUCCCCACUUCCAUUACCCCGCAUCCAUUUCCACCUAACAUACAUCCAAAAUUUUCCAAGCAUUUGCAAACAAACAAGAAGAAAAAUGUCUGCCAAUUUUUAAAAAACGAAUUUCUCAGGAAGACAUUUAGAUUUCUUAAUUUAAAAACGAAAUAGAAAUAAGGAAGAAUUUUUAAAAACACCGGAGGUUUUCCCUUCCUUAAUGUUUUAGAGGUAGAUUAUUUAUUCAAAUGCUUUAAUAGUCAAAUGCA